AUGACUACAGUGAGGGCCCUGAUUAGCACAGCUGUGAAGAAGGGUUGGGACAUGUAUCAGUUGGAUGUCAACAAUGCUUUCCUUCAUGGAGAUCUAUCUGAAGAAGUUUACAUGACCAUACCUCAGGGACUGCUAGUAGAUGAUUCAGGCAUGUGUUGCAAGCUCAAAAAGUCUCUAUAUGGUCUCAAACAAGCAAGUAGGCAAUGGUAUGAUAAACUUGCUCAGGUCCUUUUCUCAAGAGGGUACACUCACUCCGACAGUGAUUAUUCCUUAUUUUUGAGAAAGACUGGUACUUCCCUUGUAUUUGUAGCUGUAUAUGUUGAUGAUAUAGUGUUGACAGGGACUGAUGUUGGUGAGAUUAGUUCCCUGAGAUGUUUUCUUCAUGAUAAAUUCAAGAUAAAAGAUCUAGGGAAGCUCCAUUAUUUUCUGGGAUUAGAGAUCCUUUACAAGGACACUGGAGUUUUGAUUUCACAAAGGAAAUUUACUAUUGAUUUGUUAAAAGAGUUUGAUUGUUCCUCAUAUAGACCAGUUCUGUCUCCUCUUGAGUCUACAGUUAAACUAAAGGCCAAUGAUGGGGUACUACUAAAGGAUCCUACACAUUACAGAAAGCUGGUGGGAAAGCUGAACUUCUUGACCCAUACCAGAAUAGAUAUAGCAUUCAGUGUCCAGCAUCUUAGCCAGUUUCUUCAAUCUCCUAGGGAACCACAUCUUCAAGCUGCAUAUCAUGUUUUGAGGUAUCUCAAGAGUGAUCCUUGUCUAGGGAUAUUUUUAUCCAAUGAUAAGAAUUGCACUGUCACUGCCUACUGUGAUUCAGAUUGGGCUGCAUGCCCUGAUUCUAGAAGGUCUGUGAGUGGAUACAUUGUGUUGAUGGGAGACAGUCCUAUUUGUUGGAAAUCUAAGAGGCAAACAACCAUCUCUUUGUCCUCAGCAGAAGCUGAAUACAGAGCUGUCCGGAAGGUAGUUGGAGAAUUGGUGUGGCUGGAAAGAUUGAUGACUGAACUACAUGUGCCAUGUAAUUUACCUAUUCAUGUGUUCUGUGACAGCCAGGCAGCUGUUCAUAUUGCAAGAAAUCCUGUGUUUCAUGAGAGAACAAAGCAUAUAGAAGUGGACUGUCAUUUUGUUAGGGAAAAAUUGCAGGAAGGUCUUAUUGAACUUCACCAUAUACCAACUGAGGAACAGUUAGCUGAUGUUCUGACCAAGCCAUUACCAAGCUCAAAGCAUUCUAUCAUUUUGCACAAGUUGGCUGUGAGCUACUCACCUCCAACUUGA